AUGGGUAUCACAGAACAGGAUCUAUUACCUCUUAAGAAAAUCAAAGUCCCGCCAGAAUAUGAAAAUGAUUCUCAAUUCUAUUAAGAAACAAUCAUGAAAUAAUACGAAAAAAGAAGAUAGAGAUUGCUUAGCGAAUAUAAUGACUUGUUAAAUAAAAAAUCAGAAGAAACUUAAGUUUACACUAAAUCAUUACCCCCAGAAGAGAAACAAGAGGACUUGACUACUUCGAGAAUAAAUGAUAAGUUACUGAAGAUGAAGCAGUUUUAGCAAAAUUAUAGGGAAUAAUAAUUAGUUUAAUAUUCAUAUAAAGAGCAAUUGAUUGAAACAAGAAGGAAACAAAUUAGCAGUGAGAGAGAAUUACGCGCUUAUUAAAAAGAAGUUUAAGAUACCUCUCGACUAGAAUAAGUUUAAAGAAAUCGAGAUAUGAUAUAGAAGUUAAUAACAGAUAAGCAAGUUAGAAGAAGAAUGAGUUAUGAUGCUAAACUCUAGAAAUGGGAGCUCCUUAAAUAAGCUUAAUAUUUAAUUCCCAGAAGCACUAGAGUUGACGAAACUUUGGCUCGUUAUUAAAAAUGUUUAGAAGACAAAAAGUAGUAGGAUAUGCAGAGAUUAAAAAGAUUGGAAGAGAGUCUAGAGAAGGCUUGCUCCAAAAAAACAUAAAAUAUUGUUGAAAUUAAAAGAAGGGGAUUAUUAGAGUAGCUCAAAAUUGAAGAAGCCUUGUUCAAUAGAGCUAGGUCUUAAAAUGCAAAAAAUUCCAAUGUUUUAGAAAAAACACCUUAAAAAACAGUAUUGAUUCGACCAUCCAUGAGUGAAAUACCUAAUUAAAAACCUUGUCCUUAGCCAAAAUUUCUAUUUUCUAAAUAACAAGUGAAAUUACAUUCAUAAACUAUUUCGCAUUUCUCAUAAGAAAUUAUAUCACUUGUAGAUUCAAUCAAUAUUCACGAUAUUGAAGAGAAAUUACUACAAGUAUUUGCCACACAAGACAAGACAUAAAGGGAAUUAUUUGCUAAAACUAAUUAUUUAUUUUUAUAUCACUGA